GAAUAAUCCGCUUUUACACUGAGCGGAGUGCAGGGCGCCCACUGUCUGAGGGGCUGUUACUAUAAUAAUAAAAACACAUCCAGAGGACAUUGAUUACGAAAACCGAUAGAGCACUAGCCUAAAAGGAGGUACAGAUGAACUAAACUGCACACACAUCUGUACUUCACAUUCAAUAACAAACAAACAAACAAACAAAAACUGGGACCGAAGUUGUGACAAGUUGAAAGAAGAAAAAAAAAAAAAAACGAUAUCGGCGGUCGUGUUCCUGCAAGACAAGGGCGGCUCCGUUAUUUAUUUUUAAACAAACUAAUUAUUGACUGAAAACCGGAGAGAUGACCGAGACCGCCGCCGCCGCUCCAGCCCCGAAGGCGAAGAAGGCGAGUAAAGCCCCUAAAAAGGCUGCCUCUCACCCGAAGUACUCGGAGAUGAUUGAAGCUGCCAUCCAAGCAGAAAAGAGCCGCCUGGGCUCGUCCAGACAGGGCAUCCAGAAGUACAUCAAAGGCCACUACAAGGUGGGGGAAAACGCGGACUCUCAGAUCAAGCUUGCCCUGAAGAGGCUGGUGGUCAGCGGGACUCUGCGCAAAACCAAGGGCAUCGGGGCUUCGGGCUCCUUCAAGAUCGCCAAGGCGGAGGACUCGAAGAAACCGGUCAAGCCCAAAGCAGCGGAGAAAGCAAAGAAGCAGCCAGCCAAAGCGGCCAAACCCAAAGCGGCGGUCAAACCCAAGAAAGCCAAGUCGCCGGCCAAAGCCAAGAAGCCCAAAGCGGCAGAGAAGAAGGUGAAGAAGACGCCCGAGAAAAAGAAGCCAGCGGCCAAGCCGAAAAAGCAGGAGAAGGCAAAGAAGCCGAAAGCCAAGGCGGUGAAGCCCAAAGCAAAGAAAGCAAAAGCGGCGAAGCCCAAACCCAAACCCACCCCCAAGAAAACUGGGAAAAAGAAGUAAAACGAAGAAAAAGCAGCUUUUCAAGAAAACACCUCAUUGUAAAUAGACUUUUACAGGCUUUUUUUUUUUUUUUUU